AUUGUGAAUUAUUUUAACCGAAUUACAUUGAACGGCUGAAGGAAAGUCAUUUAUUCUUACCACUGGUUUCGAUUAAUAUCUAAUCUUAAAGAAAGAAGUGAAAACCUCUCACUUUGUAUAUUCACUUCACUUGUUGAUUUGUUUUUUUUUUCUCACUGUGAUAACAAUUUCCAAGGUUGAUUUAAUUUACUCUAAUUGUGAUUACUUGAUCAUCACCAUCACCAUCACCAUAAUCUGUUUAUCAAUUGAUGAAAUAGUUUCAAAAUUCAAAGAGAUCAGGAAACAAUAAAUUGAUUGAUUUUCGGAGCCACAGUUGGUGUGUCCAUUCUGUUUCCAUCGGAAUUCUAUUGGAAUCAAUUACUUACCAGCGAAUAAAAUGGAAGAUAUUUUUUCGUUUGACAAAAAUCACGAUGACAAUUACUACAAGAUUCUUGGGUGUGAUCGAUUAUCCAAUGUUGAUCAAAUUUUGAAAGAAUAUCGACUUCGAGCAAUUAAAUGUCACCCAGAUAAACAUCCUGACGACGCAACAGCAACUCAAGAAUUUGAGAAACUACAAAAGGCCAAAGAAGUUCUAACCGAUGCUGAGAAUCGUAAACAAUACGAUAAAUGGCUCGAUUCAGGAAUUUCUCUUCCAUUCGAUAAAUGGACUAAUGUUUCUCGUAAUGUUCACACUUCGCUCCACUGGAUGAAUCGACGAACCACCAACCCAAUGAUUUCCUUACCUGAUGAUAGUCAAACUUUUAAAUCAAAUCAAUUUACUUGGGAACGCGAUUAUGAUGAUGACGAAGUUCUUAGAAAAUUUCGUAAUUAUGAACUUUAAGCUGACAAAUUUCCAUAAAAAAUCACCAAUUUACUUCCAUAAAUUUCACUUGUUGUGAUUAGUUAAUAGAAUUUACAAUUAUCUAUAAUAAUUUAUGUUCUAAUUAUUGAAAGUUUAUCAUCCAUUUGACCAAAAAUCUUUACGAAAAUUGUUAAUCUUUUCUCAGAAUUUAAUGUUACGAUCAAUUAAUUGCUCUCUAUCCUUGUAUCCGCACAAUUAUUUUUCUCAACAACAAUUUCCUUAUAAUUAAGUUGAAAUUAAUUGAUUAAAACGAGAAAAUCAAAAUUA